GUAUGAGCUUGUGCGUAUGUGCUGCGUGGAUUGUAUGGCACAGGGUGUCGUGAGGAUAGCAGGGUGAGGCAAGGUGACAGCAAGGCACUAGCCCCCUGGACUUUGGGAUCAUUACAGUCUGGCUUACUAUAUAAGCUGCAGAAUCACACCAGUUGAACACCAUCGCAGCCAAGUGGACUUGCAGAUACACUCGCAAACUCAGGUCUAAGAACCAUGAAGGUCCUCGUUGUGCUCAUCGUAGCCCUUUUCAGUGCAGGCAGUCAUGCCAACCUUUUCUAUGCUGAUGCACCCAAGCCACAGCUGGAUGUGCUGACUGAUGCCUUCUGGGACUAUGUUGCCAAGGCCACCGAGACAGCAGAUGACACACUCCAGAUGAUCAGGAAGUCUCAGUUUGGACAGGAUGUCAGUGCCCGUCUGACAGAGAGUGCCGAUGUUGCCAGCAAGUAUGCAGUCACCCUGCAGGAGCAGCUUCCCCCUGCAGCCCAGGACCUGAUCGUCAAAGUCACCACUGAGACCGACGUGCUGAGAGAGCGUAUGAUCCAGGAGCUGAACACCGCCAAAGACAAGCUGCAGCCCUACACCGAGGACAUGAAGGCCCAGAUCCAGCAGAGAGUGGAGCAGCUCAAACAGGAGCUGGCCCCCUACGCAGACUCCAUGGACACUGAGGCCCUGAGGACCACCCUGAAGGAGAAGACCGAGGAGCUGAAGGCCAGCCUGGAGCAGAGUGUGAAGGAUCUGCAGGCUCAGCUGGGCCCCUACACCGAUGACCUGAAGCUGAAGGUGGACCAGCACCUGAGUGACUUCAAGGAGAGAGUGGCGCCCGUGACCGAGAAGGUGCAAGGUGAGCUGACUCAGAGAGUCCAGCAGGUGAAAGAAUUGGCCGCCCCCUACGUUGAUGUGGUGAGGGAAAACCUGGACCCCCAUGCCCAGGACCUCCAGGCCAAGCUCACCUCCCUCUACGAAUACUUUGUCAAGGCCAUCUAAGUCAACCUCCCUCUCCCGUUUAACAGAAAGAACCUGCAUCUAAAGAUCCCAGGAACACAUCCAUGUUUUAACAAUAUGACAACAAAAAGUCAACAGUUUUGAAAGUUGAAGAUGUCUUCAGACAUUUACACAGUAAAGUAUUAGAUAAAUAACAUGGUCUGUCACAGUACACUGUGUUCUUGUUAUAUUAUGGAAAUAAAGUAAAAGCCAAACAUAAA